AUGGAAGUGACUGCCAAGCCCUAUACUCUCAAGGUCCUCGAUGCCAAGAAACCAUCGAGAUUCCAGACAUGGCACAACAGCAUUGAGGGAUUUUCCGAACAGAAGAGAUUGGAUGGCAUGGAUGGUUCGAUGGGUUCUCGAUGGAAUGAGAGCCGCACCACCUGCCAACUGGUCCCUUAUCAAAGUCGAAAUAACAUCAUCGAGGAAUGA